AUGGGUUAUAACAUCUCAAUUGCAGGGCCUCUGGAGAUUCGUAAGAUCAAUGACCAGCUGAUGCUUCUGGAUCGAGCCUUCCUGGAUCCACUGGCAUUCCCUGACAAAUACGCGUUCAGGCAUGUUAUCUGGGCCUCAAGGUCGUCAGGGUUGGCCACCUUCCCCGGUCUGGCAGAUGCAGUGGAGCAGGCCAAGAGGACGGGGGCAGAGGAGCACUGGGACCAGGCCCACAGACACCUGUCCAUACUCGCCCAGGCCAUCACAGGAGCAGCCAGCACCAUAGAGGAGGUCAUAUGAUGAGAACAGAGGA